CGAUGGUGCUCAGUCAGACACGUACUCCAAAACAAACUGUCAUCACAUCUGUUUGUUUGUUAUUAUUUACUUGAUCAAGCUAACAACUUCCUUAUUUUUUUGUAUUUAGCGACCUAAAAUGGAAGCAUUAUAUCACCAGACAAAUAAGCUGUUACAAGAGGUCCAUGGGGAGUUAGGUAGAGUUGAGAGGGCUAUAGGAGCUGGUGAUGCCCACAAGAUUGAGAAUGAAGUUCAGGCUCAGAUUGACCAUAUCUUCAGCAACUGUGAACGGUUGGAUAUCCUGGUGAUGAAAGAGCCCCCUGCCAGGAGAAACAAUGCAAAGAUGAAAGUUGAUCAGUUAAAAUAUGACUGCCAGCAUCUGCAGAGUUCCAUGCGUCACCUACAGCACAAAAGACACAUGAGAGAGCAGGAAGAGUACGAGAGGGAGAUGCUGCUGACAAAAACAUUCACCACCAACGAGCAGGACACCGCCAUCAUGAUAGACCCCGCUCUGCAGCACCAUACCAAGCUCAAUGACUCCAGCAAAAACCUGGACAAUCUCCUGGGCCACGGCAGCAGCAUCUUGACCAACCUCAGGGACCAGCGCAUGACGCUCAAAGGUGCGCACCGUCGCAUUCUGGACAUUGCCAACACCCUGGGCUUGACAAAUACGGUUAUGAGGCUUAUAGAGAAGAGGUCAAGUCAGGAUAAGAUAAUCAUGGUGGUUUGUAUGGUCAUAUGCUGUAUAGUUAUGUACCUUGUAUGGAAAUAUUUCACCUGAAGUUCAUCGUAACUAGAAAAAUUUGUAUUUAUCUACAAAAAUUGUGUAUGUUUUAGUCAUUUAAAUUGAGAAAGGUUGUAGAUAAUAGAUUUGUAUGAUUGACAAGAGCUGACAAUGCAGAAUUUGAAAGUAAAAAUAUAUAUCAACAGAUAUACCUUUAUCUUGCUUUAAAUUUCAUGGUUUGCAGGUCUAAAUUAUGUCUUGCUAAUGUCAACUAUUUUUUAAAAUACUUUUUAUGACCCUAUGAAUGAUGAAUAUUGUGUUUAAGUCUGGUGUGAUAUGACCAUGACAGAAUGUAGUUUGCAAGAUUAAAAUCAUUUUAUCAAAAGAAUCAAUCUAUAACGACAGUAAUUUUCU